AUGUAUGGAAUAACUGAAUUCAAUAUCACACAAGUCAUUGAAUCUCCUCAAAGCAAUAAGUUUCAGAAAGAAAUUCUUAUAAAUUGCCAAAAUAAAUCAGCUGGAUGGACAAGAUUUGAAGCUUCAGGAUUGCUAACAGCACUACAAUCGAAUAUAAUCGAGUUUGAAAUCCACUCUAAUUCAUUAAGCAUGCCCAUAGAGACAAGUCUAGAGAAAAGACCAUUUUUGUUUGUAUUGAUCAACACCACUGAACAUAACAGGAGAACGAAAAAAUCUAUAACUAAUUGCGAUAAUAACUCUACGUGCUGUAAAAAAGUUCUUCAUAUUUCAUUUAGUGAUAUUGGUUGGGAUGAAUGGAUAGUGAGACCUGAAAGUUACCAAGCUAAUUAUUGUGCAGGUUCUUGCAACAAUGAUAUUAAUUUAGCAAGAAAUCAUCAUAGUAACGUACUAAUGACGCUUUGCGCAAGCAAUCCUGCAAUCGCCAGAAGACACGGUCUUCAAGAUGCCUGUGCAAAGUGCACACCAAGUGCUUAUCGGUCAAUUUCAAUUAUAUAUUUAAGUGAAGAAGGUGUAAACGUCAAACGAGAUCUCCCUGAUAUGUCAGUUACAAGCUGUUCUUGUGCUUGA